GCCGCGACGCCGAGACCUGAUUGGCCCUGGCGGCGCCCCGUCGCCGCGUCGCCCUGUGGGACCGUCGGAGCGACGCCGCCGCGGAUCAGUCGGCGGCCGGAGAGGGAAGAUGGACGCAGCUACUCUGACCUAUGACACUCUCAGAUUUGCCGAGUUUGAAGAUUUCCCUGAGACCUCGGAGCCGGUUUGGAUACUGGGUAGAAAAUACAGCGUUUUCACAGAAAAGGACGAGAUCUUGUCUGAUGUGGCCUCAAGGCUUUGGUUUACAUACAGGAAAAAUUUCCCAGCCAUCGGGGGGACAGGCCCCACCUCGGACACAGGCUGGGGCUGCAUGCUGCGGUGUGGACAGAUGAUCUUUGCCCAAGCCCUGCUGUGCCGCCACCUGGGCCGAGACUGGAGGUGGGCACAGCGCAGGAGGCAGCCGGACAGCUACUUCAGCGUCCUCCACGCCUUCAUUGACAGGAAGGACAGCCACUACUCCAUCCACCAGAUAGCACAAAUGGGAGUCGGCGAGGGCAAGUCUAUUGGCCAGUGGUAUGGCCCCAACACUGUUGCCCAGGUCCUCAAGAAACUUGCCGUGUUUGACACAUGGAGCUCCCUGGCCGUUCACAUAGCAAUGGACAACACGGUGGUCAUGGAGGAAAUCAGAAGGCUAUGCAAGAGCAGCACCCCAUGCGCAGGAGCCGCGGCCUGCCCCGCCGACCCCAGCCAGCACUGCAACGGGCUCCCUGCUGGUGCUGAGGCUGCCGGCCGGCCGUCGACAUGGAGGCCCCUGGUGCUGCUCAUCCCGCUGCGCCUCGGGCUCACUGACAUCAACGAAGCCUAUGUGGAGACGCUCAAGCACUGCUUCCGGAUGCCCCAGUCUCUGGGCGUGAUUGGAGGGAAGCCCAACAGCGCCCACUACUUCAUUGGCUACGUCGGCGAAGAACUGAUCUAUCUGGACCCACACACGACGCAGCCUGCAGUGGAGCUCGCAGGUGGCUUUAGCAUCCCCGACGAGACCUUCCAUUGCCAGCACCCGCCCUGCCGCAUGAACAUCGCCGAGCUGGACCCGUCCAUCGCCGUGGGGUUUUUCUGCAAGACCGAGGAAGAUUUUAACGACUGGUGCCAGCAAGUCAAAAAGCUGUCACUGCUCUCAGGCGCCCUGCCCAUGUUUGAGCUGGUGGAGCAGCAGCCCUCGCACCUGGCCUGCCCUGAUGUCCUGAACCUCUCUCUAGAUUCUUCUGACGUCGAGCGACUGGAAAGGUUCUUUGACUCAGAAGACGAAGACUUUGAAAUCUUGUCCCUUUGAGGACCCAGGGUUGGGGACGGUCUCUGCUGGCCCUCAGACACCUGGCAGCCACAUUUCAUCCAUCCCAGCCUGCCCACCUGCUGAGGGCGUGAGCCGGGCCACCGCCCAGGGAUGCUCAUGCUGCGUGGCCAGGACCGUGUGGCCAGGGCCUCGGAGCUCAGAGUCAGAGCUGCUCAGCCAGAACCCUCGCAGGCCAGCCGCAGGCUGCCGUGCAGCCUCCUGCAGCCCAGCAGCGGCAGAGCAGGUCUUCACGCUUCUGGAAGCUUCUCCUGACACUGCCAGCCCUGCAUUCUUGCACCGGCUUUCUUCCGCUUCCUCCUGGCAAUUCGUUCUGUGGCUCGUUCUGGAAUUAAAGUCCCGUUUGAAGUUAGUCCACAAGGACACGGAUUUGUGUUGGGCAUGUCCCAAGCCAGCGUCCUGGACCUGCAGGUAGGCAUGGGUGGCUCAGCCAUCAAAGCUGCUCGAACCCGCCCUGGUGUGGUCACUAAGGGCUACCUCAGCAAAGUGAAGGCAUCAGCAAGGUUUCUCCUUGUUUGGGGGAGAAAAUAGCAAGUAGGGGGCAUGGUGGCAAACCUGAACGUGUAAACCUGUGUCUCACAUAUGGGACCAAGCACAGAGGACAUCUGAGGGCAGGGCAGCUGGUGGGCCAGGCGGCGGGGCCACAGGCAAGGAGCUCCUGGACGGUGGUGCCUGGAGCAGGCAGGGAGGGGCCAGCAAGACACCUGGCCCCAUGGGCAGCCACCACCUGCAGAUCCCCCCCACCUUGUCCUCCACAUCACUCUCCCAGGUUGCUGCAGGCUCAGGUGGUUUGGGGCCAAGGGUUAAAAUCACUCCAGCUUUAGGGUGCAGGCCGACAGAUGGAGGCAUCCACCCCACUCAGGCCUCUCUCUGCGCUGACUCACUCCAUAGGCAGCCUUCACCCCACCCCCACCCUGGUCCUGUCCCCCCAGGGAGUGUAAUAGGGGUGGGGCCUGUGCUUCCUGACAGCUGGGCUGGUGGGUGGGUCUCCCCCUAGAGGAGCUCUGUUUAUAGCCCUUUUCCUGCAGAGCCAGCUCCCCCACGUCUGUUGCUGCUGCAUCUGCUGCUCUUGAGGGGCUGGAGGGUUGGGGGAUGCCUCCUGCUCCCCACGUCCACCCUCCCUUCCCCACCCUUGGUCACUGACAGGCUGGGUGGGGAAGGGGGGCAGCAAGGAUGACUUCCAUUCCUUCACUGCUCCGCACGUUCGGUAUCAAGAGGGCCACUGACGACUCACAGCAGGGGGGCUGGGGGCCCUGACAUCAAGGGGAGCCGGGUGCGGGGGGCCCCUGACAGCAAGGGGAGCCAAGUCAUCUGGGGAUUUUUUUUUUUUUUUAAUGAACUGGCUUACUGAGGAGGGUGUUGUCCGUUCUUAGUAGUAUAGUUUGCAAUUCUUAACGGCAAAUAACAGUUUCAGUAGAAAACAGUUUGUGUGUCUUUGUGUUUUUUCUGGUACUAUGUAGUUAGAUGUGAUUUCUAAGUAAAAAUGAGACAUUUCAUAAGCUUAACGAUGGCUUGUAAAAGGUUCUCAGGACAGGAGCUGGGGGUGACGUGUCUGUGUGUG